GAUGUGACGUGGCUUUCUAUCAGCGAGCCUUUGAUAAACACGUAGCCCGACAGUCGAGGAGAAUACCUGCUGUAAGCGACAAAUGUGAAGCGAUAAAAUGGACUAGCUCGACAUUCAAGCAGGAGGGAUCCGUCAAAGUACACAAGAAGCGAGACUUUGGUAGAUAUCGAGUUGUGUCUGUAGCUGACUCCAAAAUGGUACGAGCAGCCUUGGUGACAGCCACCAGUCUGGCUUUGACUGGGGCUGUGGUGGCACAUGCUUACCUCCUCAAACACCAGUUCUACCCAACUGUGGUCUACCUAACCAAAAGCAGCCCCAGCAUGGCGGUGUUGUACAUUCAGGCCUUUGUUCUGGUGUUUCUGUUGGGAAAGUUCAUGAGGAAAGUAUUCUUUGGACAGCUAAGAGCUGCAGAAAUGGAGCAUCUCAUUGAGCGCUCCUGGUACGCAGUGACCGAGACGUGCCUUGCAUUCACUGUAUUCAGGGACGACUUCUCCCCUCGCUUUGUUGCCCUCUUCACCCUCCUGCUCUUCCUCAAGUGCUUUCAUUGGCUGGCUGAGGACCGGGUGGACUUUAUGGAAAGGAGUCCAAACAUAUCCUGGAUUUUUCACAUGAGAGUUUUAUCUCUCAUGGGAUUGCUGGCGAUCAUGGAUUUCCUGUUUGUCACCCAUGCAUGUCAGAGCAUCAUCACUCGGGGAGCCUCAGUCCAGCUGGUUUUUGGAUUUGAGUAUGCCAUCCUGCUGACCAUGGUGUUGACGACCUUCAUCAAGUACGUGCUGCAUACAGUUGACCUGCAGAGUGAAAACCCUUGGGACAAUAAGGCCGUCUACAUGCUGUACACUGAGCUCUUCACAGGUUUCAUCAAAGUGCUCCUGUACAUCGCCUUUAUGACCAUCAUGAUAAAGGUCCAUACCUUCCCCCUGUUUGCAAUCCGCCCUAUGUAUCUGGCUAUGAGGCAGUUCAAGAAAGCUGUAACAGAUGCUAUAAUGUCUCGAAGAGCCAUCCGCAACAUGAAUACAUUAUACCCUGAUGCUACUCCUGAAGACCUGCAGGCCUCUGACAACGUCUGUAUCAUCUGUCGAGAGGAAAUGGUCACUGGAGCCAAGAAACUACCUUGUAAUCACAUUUUUCACUCCAGCUGCUUGCGUUCUUGGUUCCAGAGGCAACAGACCUGCCCCACCUGUCGCAUGGACGUCCUCCGUGCAUCUAAUAACAACCAAACUCCAGCCCAGGCCCAGGCCCCGCCCCCUGCUCCUGCAGCACCUGCUAAUGCUCCUGCAGCCCCACCUGCAAAUGUCGCCCCAGGCAUGUUACCUGGAUUUCCACCUGGCAUGUUCCCCUUCUGGGGUCCCUUCCCUGCAGUCCCUCCUCCUGCUGCAGAAGCUGCAGCUCCUGGGACUGGUGAUGCUUCACAAGACAGUACAGAGGCUACACAGGCAGCUGGCUCCAGCCAGCCGCCCUCAUCGUCUGCAGACACCACUGCUGCUCCAGGAUCGGCGAUGCCGGGCUUCCCCUUUUCCUUCCCGCCUCCUCCUUUUCCCACUGCACCAUGGUUACCCAUGCCACCACCUCCCCCCUUUGUGUCUUCAAUGCCGCCGCCUCCCCCGUCUCUAUCCCGACUCUCGGAAGAGGAAUUGAGGGAGCUGGAGGCAGAAGGCCGACGGGGCCUUGAGGCCAGGCUCCAGUGUCUCCAGAAUAUUCACACCCUACUGGAUGCUGCCAUGCUCAACAUCCACCACUACCUAAGCACUGUUGCAACGCUCACUCCUCCUCAGCCUGAAGGUAUCACUGGAGAAUCCAGCAGGACAAAUCAUGCCGCUUCAUCUCCUGCAGCUGACAGUAGCAAGGACAGCCCUAGACAGGAAAAAGACUCCCAAAGAUCUGAAGGGGAGGACAGAGACACUGUUUCCUUUGAGCCAACAGACUCCACUCCUGUUGAUUUGGACAUAGAAGGAACAGAAGAGAUUCAGGAAGGAGUGGCAGUAGAGGAUGGAGAACCCAAUACCGCUGAGCUCAGGCGUCGCCGUCUCCGCAAAUUAGAGACAUCUUCGCCAUCAUCCUCACCCCCCCCUGACAACUGAUCCAUGUGCUCUGCCUUACACAUAAUGCCCUGGACCAACGGGAACUCUGAGCUGACUUUAUUGUUGCUUUUGUUUCUCAUCGUCUCUAUUUCUGUAGGCGCUUGCCUUCCACAGAUUUCUAUUGUGUAGAGUUGGACUCUUGGCUACUGAGGGAUGCAAUGAUCUGUACUGCUUGUUUCAGAAAGCAAUAGGCCACCUUUUUUUCUUCCGUAGGAUAAUUACUACAAUGAGAGUCCUGCAGGUGUUUGUAAAUUUUAAUCGAAAAAGUUCUCAUUUUAAUUUAAGAUCUGGUCAAUUUGAGAGACACAUUAUUUGGAUUUGUGUUUGGUAGUUUUACUGUUGAUAAGGUCUUGCUUGUACUUUUGAAUUUUGUUUAUUUCAGCGUUCUUUAGUAUAAAAUUGGCCCAAAUCCUUACAUUAGUAUGUAAUAGAGCAUUGGAGAAAUCAAAUCUAGGGAAGUGAAUCAACUGCAACAGCCACAGCUUUCCUCUUCAUCCAUCCCUACCCUGUUGCCACUACAGAUGUUGUAACAUAUUGAUCCAUCUGGAUGUGUAUAUACUGUAUAAAGAGUUUUAAAAGGUGAUCUCUACAUGAUGCUGAAUAAACUGAAAGACUUAAAUGGU